AUGUCCAGGCAAGGUCUUAGACUUGAAGAGGACUCCUUCUCUUGUUCGGUCUGUUCUGAACUGCUGAAGGAUCCAGUGGCGAUUCCCUGUGGACAUAAUUUCUGUAUGAAGUGCAUUAAUGGCUGGUGGGAUCAGGAGGAUCGGAAAAGAACAUACAGCUGCCCCCUGUGCAAGCACACCUUCGACUCCAGGCCUGCCCUGCACAAAAACCCUCUGAUUGCUGACAUGGUGGAGAUGUUCAGGAAGACCAACAUCCAAGCUGCUGCUCCUGCUCGCUGUUAUGCUGGACCUGGAGAUGUGGCAUGUGAUAUCUGCUCUGGGAGAAAACUCAAAGCUGUCAAGUCCUGUCUGGAAUGUCUCAAGUCCUACUGUGCCACUCACCUAAAUGCUCACAAUGAACUUGUUGAUAGAAAUCACACCAUUACCGAUGCCACAGGCCAACUACAGGAGAGGAUCUGCUCCCGUCAUAAGAAGGUUUUUGAAAUAUUCUGCCGCACUGACCAGAGUUGCAUCUGUCUUAUGUGUACGAUGGAUGAUCAUAAAGGCCACGACACAAUCACAGCGAAGGCAGAGUGGAGUCAUAAAAAGGAGGGGUUGGGGCAGAGCCAGAGGAGAUGGCAACAGAUAAUCCAGUUGAAGGAGAAGGAGCUGCAGGAGCUGAGGAAGGCUAUGGAGACUCUCAAGUCUGGUGCACAGACAGCAGUGAAGGAGAGUGAGAGGAUGUUUACUGAGAUGAUCUUCUCCAUUGAGAAAAGGUGCUCUGAGGUGACAGAGCUGAUCAGAGCUCAGGAGAAGGCUGAGGUGAGCCGUGCUGAAGCACUCCUGAAGCAACUGGAGCAGGAGAUUGCUGAGCUGAAGAGGACAGAUGCUGAGAUGAACCAGCUUUCACAGACACAGGAUCCCAUCCAUUUCCUCAAGAACAUAGUGUCCAUCGCUGGAGAUCCAUGCAGUGCUUUGACCAGAAGGACCUUCAGCCAAAGCAACUUCUUUGAGCCCCUGAAGAAAUCGGUGUCUGCACUGCAGAUGCAGUUGGAGGAUAAAUUUGAGGCAGUCUUCAAGCGGGAAAUAGUCAAGAUAUCUGCAGCAGCAACAACGGCACAGAUCAUAACACAUCCUGAUCCUGGACUCCCAGUCAGAAGAGCAGAGCGUACGGAGCCCAAGUUGCCUCCACACAAUACUGAUCCUGGACUCAGAGGAGCAGAGCGUACGGAGCCCAAGUUGUCACCACACACUCUUGCCCCUGGCCCCUGGGCCGUGUCGCUGAUCACUGUUGAUGGACGCUACCUCUCCACCUUCAACAGCUCUGGGCAUCGUGUGUGCACUAGUGUUAAGAAAAGUUUCAAAAUGGCAUCAGUGUCUUCUCAGGAGCUAGAGUCCUUCAGUUGUCCAGUCUGUCUGGAGCUGUUGAGGGAUCCAGUGACUAUUCCCUGUGGACAUAAUUUCUGUAUGAGGUGCAUUAAGAGCUGCUGGGAUCAGGAGGAUUGGAAAAGAAAAUAUAGCUGUCCCCUCUGCAAGCACAGCUUCGACUCCAGGCCUGUACUUCACAAAAACCCUCUAAUUGCUGAAAUGGUAGAGAAGUUUAGGAAGACCAGCAUCCAAGCUGCUGUUCCUGCUCGCUGUUAUGCUGGACCUGGAGAUGUGGUGUGUGAUGUCUGCACUGGGAGAAAACUCAAAGCUGUCAAAUCCUGUCUGGAGUGUCUGAAGUCGUACUGUGCCACUCACCUAAAAGCUCACAAUGAACUUGUCGAUAAAAAUCACAACAUGAUUGAGGCCACGGGCCAACUACAGGAAAGGAUCUGCCCAUGUCAUAAGAAGGUUUUUGAGAUAUUCUGUCGCACCGACCAGAGUUGUAUCUGCUAUCUGUGUACGAUGGACGAUCAUAAAGGUCAUGACACAAUCACAGCUAGGGCAGAGUGGAGUCAUAAAAAGGAGGGGUUGGGGCAGAGCCAGAGGAGAUGCCAGCAGAUAAUCCAGUUGAAGGAGAAGGAGCUGCAGGAGCUGAGGAAGGCUGUGGAGACUCUCAAGUCUGGUGCACAGACAGCAGUGGAGGCGAGUGAGAGGAUGUUUGCUGAGCUGAUCCGCUCCAUUGAGAGAAGGCGCUCUGAGGUGACAGAGCUGAUCAGAGCUCAGGAGAAGGCUGAGGUGAAUCGGGCUGAAGGACUCCUGAAGCUACUGGAGCAGGAGAUUGCUGAUCUGAAGAGGACAGAUGCUGAGAUGAAGCAGCUUUCACUGACAACAGAUCCCAUCCAUUUCCUCAAGGUAGGACAGACCUUGUGCAUUUUGCCUUACAGCACAGUUUCAACCAGCGUGACCUGUAGCAAGAGCUUCUCCUUGGAGCCCCUGAAGAAAUCUGUGUCUGCACUGAAGAUGGAGCUGGAGGAGAAAUUACAGUCAGUCUUCAAGGAGGAGAUUGUCAAGAUAUCUGCAGCAGUGUCUGAUGGCCAGGCUCCUACUGCUGAACCAGUGACCAGAGAGGACUUCUUAAAGUAUUCCUGUCACUUCACGCUUGAUCCCAACACAGCACACAGAUACCUCCAUCUAUCUGAGGGGAACAGGAGGGUGGAGAGUAGACCUAUAGCCCAGUCAUAUCCUGAUCAUCCAGACAGAUUUUAUCGUUAUUUUCAGGUGCUGUGUAGAGAGGGUGUGUCUGCACGCUGCUACUGGGAGGUUGAGAGGAGUGGUGACAAUGUUGCUAUAGCAGUGUCAUAUAAAAGUGUCAGCAGGAAUGGCAAUGAGUGUAGGUUUGGAUAUAAGGAUCAGUCCUGGAGUCUGCACCUCUCCAGCUCCAGCUCCUCUUUCAGACACAAUAAUAAACAAACGGAACUCCCUCUAGUGGCCAGCUCCAGAAUAGGAGUGUAUGUGGAUCACAGGGCAGGAACUCUGGCCUUCUACAGCAUCAGGGGAGACACAAUGACCCUCCUACAUAGAGUCCACACCACAUUCACACACACACUCUACCCUGGGUUUUGGUUUCAGUGUUUUGAAUCAUCAGUGAAGCUGUUGUGA